AUGGCUUUUGGGGAGAUUCUGCAGGCCAUUGGAGAAUUUGGAAUUUUCCAGAAGCUCAUACUUUUUGGAUUAACUCUUCCAAAUAUAUUUAUGAGUGCUUCUCUGUGUAGUUUUCUUUUCAUCCAGUCUGAUCCAGAGACACGUUGUGACACGGACUGGAUCCUCAAGGCUGCUCCCAACCUGACGUUGGAGGAGCAGCUGAACCUGACCCUUCCUCUGGAGCAGGACGGUUCUUUCAGCAGGUGUCGCAUGUUCGAUCCAGUGGACUGGGACAUCGGAUCCAUCAGGGACCGCGGACUCAAUGAGACCACGGUGUGCCAGAAUGGUUGGGUGUACAACGACACGACGUACCAGUCCACCAUUGUCACUGACUUUGAUCUGGUGUGUGACAGGUCCAACAUACCUGCACUGGUGGAGACAGUUUUCAUGGCUGGUUGUCUUGUUGGUUCUUUCGUCUUUGGACCUCUUGCUGAAUCAUUUGGUCGUCUGAGAACAACGCAGGUACCUGCCGUGCUCCUGAUGGCGUGCAGCUUCAUGGUCGGAGCGGCUCCAAAUAUCUACGUUUACAUCGUGGCACAGUUCCUGGUUGGGGUUGGUUGCAGCGCAUAUCGAAUGAACUCCACUGUAUUAGUCACAGAGUGGAUAGGAGUCACCAAAAGGUCCUAUGCCUCCUGUUUGAGUCAAGUGUUUGCUGCAGCUGGACAAUGCUUCAUGGCUGGACUGGUCUACGCCAUUCGGAACUGGAGAAUAGCUCAAUACGUGCUGGGAGCAGCUUAUUGCCCUUUGCUCUUCUACAUGUGGUGGAUUCCAGAAUCUGCCAGGUGGUUGUUGAGUCGAGGGAGAAUUGAGGAAGCAAAGACGUUGAUCAUGAAAGUGGCCUCAAUAAAUAAACAGGAAGUCCCAGAGAAUACUUUGGACUGCAUGCUGGAGGAUCAUGAGGGAAACGAGGUCGAAAGUGGAGCCAUGAAAAUGCUUUUAACCACAAGAAAGCUGCUGAUUUACUUGAUAAUUUCGUGUUUUUUCUGGUUUUCGUCAUACUUAGGCUACUUUUGUAUUUCUCUCAGUGUUGGAAAAUUGGGUUUGAACAUCUUCCUGGUUCAGUGUGUGUUUGGAAUCGCAGAAAUACCCGCACACCUUCUGUGCAUCUGGUUUUUGGAGUUGUUGGGAAGAAAAAUGUCUGUGAUUUUAACCCUCCUGGCAGGUGGCUUGUUCAGUGUCCUGACCGUGGCUUUCUCUCAAGACAAAGCUGUUGCUAUCCUCGCUCUUUUAACAACAGGGAAGUUAUUUUUGGACUGGAAUAUUUCGGUGUCUAUGGUCUACGCUCAGGAGCUGUUCCCCACUUCAGUCAGGCAAUCAGCUGCUGGGUUAUUGUCCAUAGCUGGGCGAGUAGCUAGUCUCCUCUCUCCAUCAAUCAACAUGUUGGCCUUUUAUCACUGGCUUCUACCCAACAUUAUCUUCAGCACCCUUUCAAUGCUUAGUGGAGUUCUGGGUUUCUUCCUCCCCGAAACCAGGGGCAAAGAACUGCCGGAUUCUACCCGUGAGGUUGAGGGCAACAAAAAUGGGAUUAUCCUAAAAAAUGGACGGAGUGAACACGCUGGCAGAAAACCAACAAGAUUUUAGUUUGGAUUGGGAAUACUGCAUGCCCCUUUUGUUGUGUGUCUCCAAAGUGUACAACAUGCAGAAU